GUCCGUACAGGAUUCUCGUCAAUUAUUACCCCGCCUCAGAAUCCGAGCAGCUCCUAGCUAACAAGCGCUUCAACGCCUCCAACAAACAUGGAAAGAAGAUUUCCAGACCAGGUAGAACAUGCUGGUGAAGACUGUGAGCUUGAUAAAGCUGUCUCUGCUAAGCUUCCAACAGGCUGUAGUGUGCUCGAAGUGUCACCAUCAGGCCAUAGUCUUUGGGUGGCCACGGUCAAGAUCGUGGUUCAGCUUAAAGAUGGAACAAUAAACGAGUACUUUAAGAAAGGUGCACGAGGUGCAGUUGGAAUGGACAUGAUGAGAGGCACAUUCGAAGCUGAACAGGCUCUAUACAUAUUUUCCCCACGCCGGGUCCCAAAGCCCAUCGGUUGGGGAACAUACGCAGUCGACCCCCAGACGCACUUUUACCUUGGCCAGUUCGUGGAGAUGCGGGAAGACCUACCUAGCGCUACAGAACGGGCAACUGCUGUGUCAGGGCUUCAUGUCGAUAGCAUGGGGAAAUCCUCAACCGGACGAUUUGGCUUCCACGUCACCACUCAUCUUGCCAAUGUUCCAGUCAACAAUUCGUGGGACCCUUCCUGGGAAUCAUUCUGGAAACAGCAGAUGAAGGGCCUCUUCGACCAGGAAGACCAUGUACAUGGCACGGACGAUGAGUUGACAACGCUCAAAACGGUAUUUCUACACAAAGUUAUUCCAAGGUACCCUGGUCCCCUUGAGAAAGAAGGACGAUCUGUCACACCUUGCCUCAUUCACUCAGAUCUAUGGCCCGGGAACAUUAAGCCGAAGAAAUUCUCGGAUGGAUUAUGCAUCUUUGACGCCUGCGCCUACUGGGGACACAAUGAGGCUGAUCUGGGUAUCUGCCGAAAUCCGAGAUAUAAGCUCGGUCAGCCAUGUACCCUCGAAUAUCUCAAGCGGGUACCUGCCACGGAACCCACAGCUGAUUUUGACGGCAGAAAUGCUGUGUAUGCGAUGAAGUACCAUGCGCUACUGUCAAUCAUGUAUUGCUCCAAAGACGUAAGUUUUAGACAGACGUUGAAGAAUGAGCUGAGAGAGAUCAUCGACAAGGCGGCACAAUCGAUACCCGAUUAAGAUAUAGAAGACAUGUCUGUUUGGCUCACUGAAGGUGGUAUCUGCCUCAUGAAGCUUUGAUGAAUUUCCUGGGCAGCGAAGCGAGUGUUUCCUACAAAAUAGAUCAGCUGGCAAUACG